AUGGUUUCCACAAACGAAAAGGAUUGCACCGUCGACGGGGUCCUCGACCAAGAGCGCAAUGGAUCUUCGCAGGAACCUUCGCUCCUGUUUGAUCAGAAGGAGAUUGAGAGGUUGGGACGAGAGCGUCCGGCGUGCUUUCACAGCUGGUACGCCGAGAUAGGUUUCGUCUUUGCUGUUGUCGGGUCUAUGAUGGUUAGCGAGUACUUUGUCAGCGGGUUCAAUAUUGCGCUUCCUUCUCUUGCGAAGUCGUUGGAUAUUCCAGAGUCGGCUCGGACUUGGCCUGCGGCUGUCAUCAACUUGACUACGGCAGCUCUCCUUCUACCUUUUGCACGACUAUCCGAGAUUCACGGCGGGCGAUUAAUCUUCUUGGGAGGUCACGUAUGGUUGCUGGUUUGGUCAUUGAUCGCCGGGUUCAGCCAGAACCCAACCAUGCUCAUCGCCUGCCGAGCCAUGCAGGGCUUGGGAUCCUCCGCCUUCCUACCAUCGAGUGUUGCUAUCAUGGCACGCAUCUAUCGCCCAGGACCUCGAAAGAAUUUGGUCUUUGGAAUGUUUGGAGCCUUUUCUUGCAUUGGGUUUUAUUCAGGCAUCUUCUUUGGCGCCCUCGCUGCCCAAGUCCUCGGCUGGAAGUGGUACUUUUUCAUCGGUGCCUGCUUCUGCGCUGGUAUCUUUCUCGCAGGUCUUUUGACAAUCCCCAAGAGCCAAGGUCAUACACAACCUGAUCUUGGGAUGGAUUGGAUGGGAGCUUGCACUAUCGUUCCUGGGCUGGCGCUGGUUGUGUACGCGUUGACGGACGGUGGAAACGCUCCUCAGGGUUGGCGGACACCUUACGUCUACAUCACCCUGAUCAUCGGUGUCUUAUUUCUUGCUUUGGCCUUUUACAUCGAAGGCUGGAAGGCCAGUCAACCUCUGUUGCCCGCCGAAGUAUUCAAGACAAAGUACAUGACUCGCCUGAUCAUUGCUCUGUUCUUUUCCUACGGAUCUUUUGGCCUGUUUCUCUUUUACGCCAGCUUCUAUAUCGAAGAAGUGUUGGGCAUCUCCCCUUUGCUGACAGCAGCGUGGUUCAUCCCUCUGGCGGCAGGUGGAUUCAUCCUAGCCGUCGUUGGUGGUUUUGUCCUUCACAUUCUCAGCGGACGACUUUUGCUGCUGAUCUCUGGAUUUGGAUUCCUUGGAUGUUGCAUAUUAUUCGCCCUCAUUCCCGAUAGUGGCAAGUCAAACAGCUUUCUCUACUGGGCGUUUGUCUUCCCUGCCAUGGUACUCAGCACAAUCGGCGUGGAUAUCGCAUUCAACGUCACCAACAUUUUCAUCACAACAUCCCUCCCCAGCCAUCUCCAGGCAGUUGCUGGAGCCUUGAUCACAAGCCUGCUCUACCUCGGCAUGGCAUUCUGGCUGGGCGUUGGAGAGAUGGCCAUUUCUGCCAAGAAGGACGCCGAAGGAGCAGAGAACGUGAGCCAGAGGAGUCAGUAUCAGAUUGGAUUCUGGGCUGGUGCAGCACUUGCGGUCGCUGCUUUGCUCAUCUUUAUCACUGUCAAGAUGGAGUCGGCCAAGGCGGAUCUUACUGCAGAUGAGAAGGCUGCGAGGGAACGGGAGAAUGCAACUGAGCAAACAACAGAAUGA